AUGGAAUAUAAGGGAGGCGAUGGAACUGGAGAUGAGGAUCGAGUGAAGAUGGAAUGGGAAAUAGGUCUUCCCACUCACGAAGAACUAAUACCUAUAAAUCAUUGCUUGAUUUCUCCCAAGUUGGCGUAUGCUUUCGGCAUAGUGUUAGAGCCCUGCAUCAAUCAAGCGUCGCAAGAUACUUUGGCGAGUCUCGGGUCAGGGUCAGGGUCACAGUCAAAACCGCUGUCUACGGAGGAUGGUUCAGAGUCGAGGAAGCGGAGGAAGCUGCGGAGUAUCGAUGUUUACACAGAAGAAACAGACUUGUCACUAGAUCUGAAUCGAGGGAGACUAGUUUGGACGCCACAGAUUCACAAGAGAUUCACUGAUGUUGUGGCUCAUUUAGGUAUAAAAGAUGCAGAUCCAAAGACUAUUAUAAAGUUGAUGAACGUGGAAGGUUUAACUCGCGAGAAUAUCUCGACUCAUCUUCAAAAGUAUCGAUUGUAUUUGGACAGGAUGGAGAGACUAUCCAAUGAGGAAACUUCUUCAAAUCAUUUGUUUGCAUUCAUUCUAGUGCUGCUUCUAGCGCUUCUUCAGACUGCUGUUGAAGCAAGGCUACUGCUAGCGUUUCUUCAUACUACUGCUGAAGCAAGGCUACUGCUAGCGCUUUUUCAGGCUGCUGUUGAAGCAAGCCUACUUUCAACACUUCUUCAGGCUGAUGUUGAAGCAAGGCUGCUGCAACUAGCGCUUCUUUAA